CAAAUGUGCACGUCUUAAACUGUGUUACAUAAAUAUUUAGUCUGUGCAUUAUUAGUCUACAUGAACACAACAUGGCAUGGAUCGAUGAUAGUUAUAUGGGGGUUCAACAGCAGGCGUCAAACGUCCAGAUUUUCCACCAACCCACUCCUCAGCCUACCACCAUCCUCCAGCAGCUGCCUGCUGCCAUGGCACCUCCUGCCCCUGAGGUGCGGCCCGGACAUGUCAGAGAAGAUCUGGUUGAGUUGAUGAUGCUUCAGAACGCCCAGAUGCAUCAGGUCAUCAUGAACAACAUGACCAUGUCUGCUCUCAGCAGCUUUGGCUACUCAAACAGUCCAGCACCAGAGUCUCUUACACACACACCUACAAAUGCAGACAUGUACACGAAUACUCUCUCUCACACACUCACGGUGUGCUUGCACACUCCCACUCAGAAAGUAAAUAGACGUCAAAAAACUGCUAGUACAAUGUCACUCUAUCUCCAGGUAGUAGGAUAUCCACUGCCAGUGGAGGAAGAAGACCCAGAGGUGUACCAUCAUCACUACCCCGCUGCUCCCUAUCAUGCUUACCCAGGCUGGAUGCCCAUUUCUCAGCCUUACAGUCAACCCCUGACCCCCGCCCUUUACACCAACUAUGGGCCUCAGGAGGGUGGUGAGCAGAUACAGCCCUCACAGCCUGCUCCCCCAGCACUCGGAGACAGGAGAGCUGUCCCACCCCCUCCUCCUCCCAGUGCAACGGGGACUGUUGGAGCAGACAUCCCACCUGCAACAGAGUACUAUGACAUCACAGAGAGGAGACAGUGACAGACAGGGAAUGAUGAAACCACUGAGUUGCAUCACACCGAACUGGAGUUGCAUCACACUGGACUGAAGAAACAAUAAGAAUAUAUACAGACACCUGAACACUGACGAUCUCCCAAGACUAUGCAUACUGAAUGGUCAAAAUGUGCCAGUGAACAUCACCCAGAAAUGAAUGCAACCUGCAUUACUUGCAUUACUGCAUUACUACAAUACAUCACUAAACAUUUCAGUAGCAUAUGAGGUUUGAAAAAAAGCUGUGACAUCAACUAACCAUAAGGAUCGUGGGAAUACGCAUUUUUCAUUAUGCAUUUGGCAUUUUUACAUGAAUGAUUUGUGUUACAUUCUCCCUUGCUGUGGUUGGAAUUGUUUAUUUAUCAAGGGUAAUAAAAAGUCAUGUGAAAAUAACAUUUGCAAUAUAAUAUUGAUAAACACACGAAAUACAUGUAACCACUCACACUGAGCACAGUGACAGGGACAUCUGGUGGACUGACAAAGAGAUACUGAACUCAAGCGUAAUCUAUCUGUCUAUGUUUCACU